AUGGUUGCCAUCCGCACUCUGAGCCUUGGGCUCCUCCUGACGGGGGCCCUGGCUAUCCCCGCCCCCCAGGACGCUUCCACGGCCACGUCCUCUGCUGCCACCAGCACCCUGCCAACGACGGCCUCCAGCUCUACGGAGACGGCCGCCUCCCAGCUGGACCAGCUCGCCAACUUCGCGUACAACGUCACCACCGAUGGCGUGUCGAGCGACGCAGCCACCAAGCGCGGCAGCUGCUCGCUCAGCAACCUGCGCAUCCGUCGCGACUGGAGAAGCUUUUCCUCCUCACAGAAGAAGGCGUACAUCACGUCGGUUCGGUGUCUGCAGCAGCUGCCUGCGCGCACCCCGUCCAGCGUCGCUGCCGGAGCAAAGACUCGCUACGACGACUUUGUGGCGACGCAUAUCCAGCAGACGUUGAACAUCCACUAUACUGGAACCUUCCUGGCCUGGCACCGCUACUUCAUCUACGAGUUCGAGCAGGCCCUGCGCGACGAGUGUGGAUACACUGGUGACUACCCAUACUGGAACUGGCCCUCCGACGCCACGUCCCUGGAGAACUCCCCGGUCUUCGACGGCAGCGACACCUCCAUGUCCGGCAACGGCGAGUACGUCGCGGACAAGGCGGACAUCGCCCUGACCCUGGGCAACUACCCGGUCGUCUACCUCCCCGCCGGCACGGGCGGCGGCUGCGUCACCAGCGGGCCCUUUGUCAACUACACGGUCAACCUGGGCCCCGCGGCGCUGGCCCUCCCCGGCGGGCAGAUGGAAGCCCAAGCCAACCCCCUCGACUACAACCCCCGCUGCCUGAAGCGCGAUCUCACCACCGCGCUGAUCCAGCGCUUCGCCAACGCCACCUCGGUCGUGAAACUCAUCCUCGAGAACAAGGACAUCUGGGACUUCCAGAUGGUCAUGCAGGGCGUGCCCGGCAGCGGCUCCAUCGGCGUCCACGGCGGCGGCCACUACUCCAUGGGCGGCGACCCCGGCCGCGACGUCUUCGUCAGCCCCGGCGACCCGGCCUUCUGGCUGCACCACGGCAUGAUCGACCGGGUGUGGUGGAUCUGGCAGACCCUGGAUCUGAAAAACAGGCAGUAUGCCAUCUCGGGCACGGGCACGUUCCUGAACAUGCCUGCGUCGGCCAACACCACUCUCAGCACGAUGAUCGAUAUCGGGUAUGCCAAUGGCGGGUCGAUUGCCAUGCAGGAUCUGAUGAGCACCACUGCUGGUCCGUUCUGCUAUGUUUAUCUGUGA